ACCGCUCCGGCCUCUCUCCCACUUCCCUCACCUCCCUCCCUCCCCCUCUCCUCCUCUGGAGGACAACCCAGCCAGAGAGGACAAACCAAGCCAGGGGGGAAGCAGCCAGCCAAGGACACCGGAGCACGGCAAACAAGACCUCUUCUUCGGCGUCCAGCAGCGAGGCAUGGUGGAGAAGGCGAGGACCAUGGCGCGCAAGCUGGAGAUCCCGCAGUGGAAGCCCGACGGCCUGCCGUCGCCCACGAGCCCGCUGGACCGCGCGUCGCCCCGGGGGUGGCGCCACCGCGACGCCGUCGGAGGGGUCGGGCUCGGGAUCCUGGCCGCGCUGGAGGCGCAGCCCGCCGCGGGCGCCGCGGUGCCGAGGGUGUCGGCGCCCGUCUCCAUCGCGCGCCGCGCGCGGCUGGAGGUGUCGGAGCUCGGGUGCAGCGGCCGGUGCGCCACCAGCCUGUGCGGCGGCGGCAAGUCGUCCUCGUCGGGCAGCGGUGGCCCGGCGUUCCGCGUGGCGGAGUUCAUGUCGUGCUGCGACAUGUGCCGGCGGCCGCUGGGCGGGAAGGACAUCUUCAUGUACCGCGGCGAGCGCGCCUUCUGCAGCAUGGAGUGCCGGUACCAAGCCAUCGUGAGCGACGAGUUCCAGGAGGAGAAGGAGCGGAAGCGCCGCGCGGCCGUGUCCGCCGCCGCCGCCGACGGCCUGCCCAAGAAGGCGGCGGCCGCCGAGAUGGCCGGGUCGCCGUGCGGCGGCGGCGGCGGGCAGAUCUUCUUCACCACCGGCAUCGUCGCCGCCUGAUGGACGACGCGACGGAUCUUUCUAGUAACCAAAACAAAAACAAGCUAGAGGAACCGGCGGCCGGCUGUAACAUAAACAAGACAAGAAAAAACAAUAAAAAAAACGAAGAGAAAAUAAGGGUGCGUGCGUGUGUCUGUAGAGAGAGAUGGGGGUGGGGAAUUUUUGCUGUUUCUCUUUCUUGGCGAGGAGGAAGCACGGGGUUUUGGUGUUAUUCGAUCUUGAUUUUUUUUGUAUUACUAGUAGUAUUAUGAUGAUGAUGAUCAUGCGAUGGGAGGAGGGGAUGUUUUUGUAGCAGGAGGGAAGGGAAGGGGAUGAUGGCAAGUUUUCCAAGGAUUGUUGCUUCCCUUUUGUUUCUCCACUGUCAAAAGGAAUAACAUCACCUUCUGUCCUCCUUUGUUCCA